CCCGACUCGAUCCCAUUCCAAAUUUGAAAAACUUUUUCUUUUCUAAACUGCCAGUGCGUUAGAUGUGAUGCUGGUUUUUUUUUCGCGAAGUUGAAAUAGAUUCUUAGUGGACAGUGUUUUAUAAUUGUGUUUUUGACUUUUCAUGCUUUUGGACUUUUUAAAAGUGAUUUGAACUAUGUUUAAAAUUUGUGGUUGCUGAUUUAACGUCAUUGCACUUGGAAAGGCUUGGGUUUUCGUCAAGAUGCCUCACACAGGGCAAGCUGGCGUGAACCAGCUCGGCGGUGUGUUCGUGAACGGACGACCGCUACCCGACGUAGUGCGCAAGCGCAUCGUAGAGCUCGCCAUCAUGGGCGUCCGGCCUUGUGACAUCAGCAGACAGCUGCUGGUGUCUCACGGAUGUGUGUCGAAGAUACUGACGCGGUUUUACGAGACGGGGAGCAUUAGACCAGGGUCUAUCGGUGGAAGUAAGACGAAGCAAGUGGCGACCCCUACCGUAGUGAAGAAGAUCCUGCGCCUCAAGCAAGAGAACCCUGGCAUGUUCGCGUGGGAGAUCCGAGAGCGACUGCUGAGCGCUCGCGUGUGCGAGCCCCACUCCAUACCCUCCGUGUCGUCGGUCAACAGGAUCCUGAGGAACAGCGGGCUGGCGUGGAGCGAGGAUGAAGGCAGGAACGAAUCUUACCCACCAUCAGAGCCUCAAAACGUCAUGGACUACAUGUCGCUGAAGAACCUACCGCCAUCGAUGCCGUCCCAGCAGAACCCGCCUUACUUCGCGCACACCGCUGUCAGGAUCCCACCCCCGCAGCCCUCCGAGCCGCUCUACGACCGCCGGCUCGCCACCUCCUGGCUCCUCGCCAACCAGGUGCAAGCCCAGGGCCUCCUCAAACCCUACCCCAUAUCCCCGUGGCAGAGGAUCAUGAUCCCCUACCAUCCGGACUCCAAAAACUUUACCCCCUACGCCAUCAAUCUACACAACGAUCUUUUAACCAGGAUCAAUCCAGACGAGGUCAAAUCAGAGAAUUCUGAGCACAUCUCUGUUGAAACAAGCGACGACAGCAGAGAUAAACCAGAGACGGAAGAGGAGAGAAAAACGCCACACGAGAAAGAGAAGAAGAAAAACCCUUACUCCAUCGAGGAGCUUUUGAAGAAGCCAGACAAGAUGGUGAAUUCGAAUCCUGUCGUGUUCCAGAACUUUUUGCGACAGCCUAGCGGAAGUAUGAUAGAGUACGGAACGAAAGAUUCUAGUAAUAGAAGCUCGCCAGCCAGUUUCUGCUCGGGGCAAAGUUCCAACGAUGGCUUCGCAGAGUCAGAGAGACCUGAAAUAAAAGCAGGCAACUAAAACCACUUGUGAGUAACAAUGUGAUAGGCAUCUGUUUAUCACCGGCCAUCGUAACAAAUUAAGUAUUUAAUUAUUUUUAGGAAAAAUAUUUAAAUUGCCAUAUUUCAGAAGAGAUUAUACUCUUGCAUUUGGUUAAGUAUUUUAUUUUUAUGUUAUUUGGUGUUGUAUAUAUAGGUAACAUAUUUAUUAAUAAGUAAAUCCUUUAAUUAUUUGACGACGCUGCUGGAAUACUUGUUUUUUGCAUGGGAAUAAGUUUCGUGCCAUACAACACUAAAUUGAUUUCCAGGGACUAUGCCGUAACAAAUACAUUUAGCAAACAAAACUGCAGUGUUAAGUAUGAUGAAAAUAAAUAUAAUAUACUGUUUAAAACUUAGGUACCUACCUAUUCCUUAAAAAAUUGUUUGUUGUCAUAAUUCAAGGUACUUAUAAAUUUUGUGGAUAGUUUGU